AUGUCUAAUCUUCCCACCGUCUACAUUGUCUCAGCUGCUCGAACCCCCGUGGGGUCGUUUCUAGGAACGCUGUCGAGUAUCAGCGCCACUCAGUUGGGAUCCCACGCUAUUAAGGCUGCCGUCGAGCGAGUUCCCCAGAUCAAGCCCGAAGAUGUAGAGGAGGUAUUCUUUGGCAACGUGCUGUCUGCCGGUCUUGGACAAGCACCCGCUCGACAAUGCGCUAUCGGUGCUGGCCUUCCGGAAUCGGUCGUCUGCACUGGAGUGAACAAGGUCUGCGCUUCCGGCCUAAAGGCCAUCAUUCUGGGUGCCCAGACCAUCAUAACCGGCAAUGCCUCCAUCGUUGUGGCCGGCGGCACCGAGUCCAUGUCCAACACCCCUCACUACCUACCAACCCUGCGCAACGGCGCCAAGUUCGGCGACCAGACCCUCGUUGACGGUAUGCUGAAGGAUGGUCUGACCGAUGCCUACGCUAAGGAACACAUGGGUCUCGCCGGUGAGCUAUGCUCCUCCGACCACGGCAUCUCUCGUGAGCAGCAGGACGAGUACGCCAUUGAGACCUACACCCGCGCCCAGAAGGCCACCGCCGAUGGUAUCUUCUCCAAGGAGAUCGUGCCCGUCGAGGUCAGCGCCGGCCGAGGCAAGCCCCCAGUUCAGAUCACAACCGACGAGGAGGUCAAGAACCUGAACCCUGAGAAGCUAAAGACAGUGCGCCCCGUCUUCAAGCCCCAGGGUGGUACCGUCACAGCUGCUAACGCCGCCCCCCUUAACGACGGCGCUGCUGCCCUCGUGCUCAUGUCCGAGGCCAAGGUCAAGGAGUUGGGCGUAACACCCAUCGCCAAGAUCCGCGGUUGGGGUGACGCCGCCCGCGAGCCCCAGCGCUUCACCACCGCGCCCGCCCUUGCUAUCCCUAAGGCUAUCAAGCACGCCGGCUUGACGGACAAGGAUAUCGACUUCUACGAGAUUAAUGAGGCUUUCUCGGUUGUCGCCCUAGCUAACAUGAAGCUGCUCGGCCUCACCAGCGACAAGGUAAACGUUUUCGGUGGCUCCGUUGCUAUCGGCCACCCGCUCGGCUGCUCCGGUGCCCGCAUCGUCACCACCCUGACCACCGUCCUGCGCGAGAAGAAGGCUAAGAUCGGCGUUGCUGGUAUCUGCAACGGUGGUGGUGGCGCCAGCGCUAUCGUCAUCGAGAGCUUAGAAUGA